AAUUAAGUAAGGUUCAACUGUCCAUGUCAAUCUCUAUCACUCAAGUUCGAUUUUAUAUCUUAAUCGAUCUCUUCGAGAGUGACGAUGGUUGUAUAUAUCCUGCUGGUUUUGUUCCUGUAUUCACCGAGUUCAUUAACAAAUUCUCUUGAAUGGGGCAUCACACCACCCAGUAAUGUUCGCAAAGGAUCAACCGCCACACUGGAAUGGACAAUAUCCCUCACAAAAGAGGAAAGACCGAAUGCAGAUCGCUUUUCUUUAAUUAUUGUGGAGCGUGAAAAGUUUCUUUACAGCGACGAAUGGCAGAUUAUGGCUGUUAAAGGGUAUGCUAGUGAUUUUCACCAAAAAGUUGGAAAUGAGGACACUUUUGAUAUGGUUUCUGGUAAGGAUGUGGCAUUCACAUUGAAAAAUGUCACAGACACCGAUGCCACACGCUUUCGCUGCACAUUUCUCAGCUCCUUUGCAGCACCCAAGAGUAUCAUUCAGGUGGAAAUGAAAGGUAUUCCCUUAAAAGUUCGUCUUGUUGGUGGAACGUCUUCUAACAGGGGUAGAGUAGAAAUAUACCGAAAUGGACGUUGGGGAACUGUAUGUAAGAAUGGCUGGGAUAUGCCAGACGCGUCAGUUGUUUGUCGAAUGUUGGGAUUCCCUGGGGCUUGGACAGCUGGCUGUUGCACUAAGAAUUCAGGGGGCCGUGAUCCGAUUUGGUUAAGUGAUCUGUCGUGUACGGGUCAAGAAGACACGUUAUCUGAAUGCAGCCAUAGUGGAUGGGGUGUCAAUGAGUGCGAUCAUACCCAAGAUGCUGAAGUUAUAUGUCACAGUCCAGCAACAGAAAAACCCACAAAGAAACCCUUACGAAUUUCCAGUGUGAAACCACGGCAGUCACAAAAGACUCCCUCCACAGCAGAACAGUCAGCUUCACACUUAAUUGUGAAAACAACCGCACAACCAAUUUCAUCAUCAAUUUCUUCUAGCGCUGUUUUGUUGAAAGGGCAGAAAUCUUCAUCAUUGCAUUUGUCGAGUGCUGGAGCCUUGUCGACACCAACUACUUCCACUGCAACUCAAGUGACAAUGUCACCAGGAAGCUCUUUUACAAUAGUUGUUCCCACAGUGAUAUCGCCAAGUUCACCUUCACUGACCGUGAUGCAGAGCUCAGCCACUCCAACUUUUCCGCCCGCUCCGAUGGUGCGUUUGAGAGAUGGUGGCUCUCCUGAUUUCGGGCGAGUGGAGAUCUAUCAUAAUGGUACUUGGGGUACAGUGUGCGAUGAUAGUUGGGAUAUCAACGAUACUGCUGUAGUUUGUCGAAUGCUUGGCUUCAAAUACGCUUGGACUGCCAUCUCAUUUGCUGUGGAAAUUACCACGGACGAACUAGAUCUUUAUGGUACAGGACCCAUUUGGCUCGAUGAUGUUAAUUGUUUCGGAAACGAGAGUUCUCUAAACGAGUGUGGCCAUAGUGGUUGGUUGGUUCACAAUUGCGAUCACUUGGAAGAUGCUGGAGUUUGGUGUGGUAAUAAAACAAGGGGGGCAGAUAUUCCUGAAUCAACAGUGGUCCCUGACAUAAACAAGCCUGUUAGACCACCGUCUGUUCAAGUUCAAUUAGUCAAUGGAUCAAGUGAUCGGGAAGGUAGGGUCGAGGUUUUCUACAAUGGAGAAUGGGGAACUGUGUGCAACCAUGAUUUUGACAUUCGAGAUGCGGAAGUCGUAUGUAGAAUGAUGGGCUUCCCUGGAGCAGUCUCUGCAGAGGUAGGAGGAAGAUUCGGUCCAGGUAAUUCCACUCAGAAGAUUUUGCUUGAUGACUUAUGGUGCACUGGACAGGAGACCUCAUUAGCUACCUGUUCAUUCAGAAGAUGGGGAUCAAGUAACUGUAAUCACAGUGAAGAUGCUGGUGUAGUUUGCAAGGAGAAAAUUAAAGCACCAAUUGUGCGAUUGAGAGAUGGAGAUGAUGUGUAUGGCCGGGUAGAGAUCUAUCACAAUGGAAUCUGGGGCACGGUCUGCGAUGACGAUUGGGAUAUCAAUGACGCCACUGUAGUUUGUCGAAUGCUUGGCUUUAAGGAUGCUUGGCAAGCACUCUCGUUUGGCGUGCUUAUGAAAGAACAGAACGCAAGUGAAUUUUACGGAACGGGACCCAUCUGGCUCGACAAUGUUAAUUGCCUUGGAAAUGAAAGUUCCCUUAUUGAAUGUGGUCACAAUGGUUGGUUGGCUCAUAACUGUGAUCAUGAGGAAGACGCAGGAGUAAUUUGCGGUGAUUCACUGCGGCCAAACGGAUUUCCAGAUUCCACAGUAGUAAAUGAUACUAACAAACCAGUUGGACUGCCUACUGUUUAUGCUCGAUUAGUAAAUGGGUUAAGUGAAAGAGAAGGUCGUGUGGAGGUCAACUACAAUGGUGAAUGGGGAACUGUGUGUCGCGACCUAUUUGAUAUUCAAGAUGCAGACGUCAUUUGUCGAAUGGCGGGUUUUCCCGGGGCUGUAUCUGCUGAAGUGAAAGGAAGAUUUGGCGCCGGAAAUACCAGCCAGAAAAUUUUACUCGAUGAUUUAUGGUGCAGUGGGAAAGAGUCUUCGGUGGCUUCGUGUUCAUUCAGAGGAUGGGGUUCGCAUAACUGCAGCCAUGAUCAUGAUGCAGGUGUUGUGUGUAAAGAGAAAUAUCCAGUGAUAGAGCUUGAGCUGUUGGAUGGAAACUAUCCAAAUGAAGGUCGUGUUUCACUUUACUACAAUGGCCAGUGGGGUACGAUAUGUCAAGAUCAUUGGGAUAUGAAUGAUGCCCACGUGGUGUGUCGUAUGCUGGGCUACCCGGAAGCUUUUGACUUCUUCAACAGUACAAUUUUUGGGAGUGCCAUUGAUGGGCCAAUAUGGCUAGAUGACGUCAACUGCACGGGAAAUGAGAGCACGCUCGCAGCUUGUCCACAUGCUGGUUGGGGAAACAGUAACUGUGAUCACACGAAAGAUGUGGGGGUAGAAUGUGCUUAUGAUUACACUGUGAAUGCAAAGGAUGCAAGCUGUAAUUUUGACAUCUGGUAUUGUGGCUGGGAAACUUCAGAAGACAACCGGGGUCUCGCAUGGACAAGAAAAUUUGGUCCAACUGUAACUGGCAACACAGGACCCUCUCAAGAUCACACCUCUGGAUUUGGAUUUUACAUGUACGUAGAAGCUUCUGGACAAACCUUCGGUGACGUUUCGACGAUAGAGUCUCCACGCAUAGCUAGCAAUGGCAACACGACGUGUAUGGUGUUCUAUUAUCAUAUGUAUGGGCAGGCUAUUCACACACUCAGAGUAAAGGUUGGAGAUCAAGUUUUGUGGGAGCUUUCAGGCAACCAGGGAAACGACUGGCACAAAGCGACAUUGCCUCUUUAUUUUAACGACACUUAUAGGGUGAUAUUUGAAGGUGUCGUCGGCAGCACUCCACGCAGUGAUAUCGCUAUCGACGAUGUCGAGUUCCAGGAAAAUACGGAGUGCGAAAAGACAGCUGAAACGUUAGUUCCACCAAGAAUCUUAUCGUUUUCAACAAAUCAAACAGCCGACCUCGGCAGCAACGUUACAUUAGUUUGCACCGUGAUUGGUCGUCCUCAACCUACCAUUGUGUGGAGGAAAAAUGGUAAAGUUCUCUUUGAGAGUCAGGUGACUGGUAAUAUCACUUUACUAAACAUCUCCCAGGCAGAUGAUGGAUUUUAUGAGUGUUCAGUAAGCAAUCAUUUGGCUUCUGAAUCAAGAACAAUGGAGCUUAAAGUUGAAGGUUAUCCCAGGGACACUGCGAUUACAGCCAACUUCUCUUUCAAUGCAGUCGCCCGUGGUGAAGCUGUUGCCAUGAAGUGCUCUUCUAAUGGUUAUCCUACUCCAGUCUGUCGAAUUUACCGCGAAGAUAACUCGUUUAACACCAAUGAAAGUGUAUAUGUUAUUCAGAACUUCACUCCUAUGGAUCAAGGACGCUACCUGUGCAGCUGCUCUAAUGUUGCUGGUGUGGAGAAGGCGAAUAUUACACUUACUCUGUAUGAAUCUCCAAAUAUCACCACCAUUCGUCCAGCCUAUCAACUUGUAAAUGAAACAAACACUUUUGAAAUCUUCUGCAAUGCGAUGGGAAAUCCAACGCCAGCAAUAACAUGGAGGAAACUUGACAACACAAGCAAAGUAAAUUAUACAGGACAAACUCUGAGGAUAACAAAGGCUGAGAUAUCAGACUUUGGGAGCUACCAAUGUACAGCUGUGAGCGUGCGUGGCGAGAUUGUUUCAGCUGUUGCAAUGGUGGCGGUGGACAACUUUGCAGCGAGUAUUAUCCACAGUCCACAAAACAUUACUGUCAUGGAAAAGGAAAGAAAAAAUGUCACCCUGUACUGUAAUGCCACAGGGAAACCAGCUCCACGGCUGUCCUGGAUAAGAGAAAGAGAUGGAAAAAUAGUGGCAUCCGGAAAUACUCUAGUAAUCUUAUCUGCUGACAGAUCACAUCGGGGUGAAUACAGAUGCGUUGCUGAUAACGGAGUGCGAAGUCCCGUCUCUAAAUCGGCAUAUUUGAACGUGCUUUAUCAUCCUUCAUCGACAAGACUAACCACCGACAGACUAAAUGGAGUAGUCGUUGGAAAUGGUCGCAUUGCAUUGACGUGCAUAACUGAUGCCAAUCCCCCUCCUAGUCAGUAUCAGUUUUAUCGCGAUGGUAUCUACCUCAGAACGAGUCUCAGUGGAGUAUAUGUCAUUCAGAAGGCCAGAUAUUUUGAUGCGGGAACCUACUUAUGUGUACCACUUAACACUCUUGGCUCCGGUUUCAACGGCACUAUCCAGGUUUUAGUCUUCGGUGCGUUCUCCAUUAUUUAUUCUCCACGAAAUAUAACCGCCAACGAAAGCACAAGUGUGUCUUUUUUCUGUAAUGCCACUUCAUAUGCUCCAUAUGACCAUCUCCAUACCAUGAUCUCAUGGAGUAAGCUCGGAGACAACAGUAAAGUAUAUCAAUCAGGCGAACAGCUUGUUAUAAAAAAUGUGAGUCGAUACGACGGAGGAACGUACAUCUGCACAGCUCAUAAUGGACUUGGGCUUCCUGAUACUGCAGGAGCUGUUUUGAAUGUGCUGUAUAAACCAUACAACACAAGACUGGAGGCAUCAAUUCCAGAUAAUGUGGCAAUAAUCAACUCAUCACUGAUCUUGAAUUGCACUGCCAAAGCCAACCCACCGGUUACAUCGUAUAAAAUUUACCACGAUAGCAUCCUUGUGUCCAAUACUUCCAGCGGCGUUCUCAACAUCACACACACCCUGGCUGAACAUAAUGGAUCUUACGUCUGUAUACCUUACAACGAGUUUGGUGAAGGCGAAAGGGCAACUUUAAACGUGACCUUUACAGGACCGUGUGGUGCUAAACGAGUACAUCAUACCUGGUCGCCUCAGAUUGUGGCUGGAGCUUACGCUAAACUUGGGGAAUGGCCGUGGCAGGUACAGCUAGGAUACUCUGAUAACACCGAAAGCAUCCCUCAUCUUUGCGGUGGUUCCAUCUUGGAUCAUUACUGGAUUGUCACUGCAGCUCACUGUCUGAAACGUGAGCUUCAAGAAAAACCCCCAGCCAAUUUUAAUGUCACUGUUGGAGAACUUCACAGGGGUAUCAAUGAAGGAAGUGAACAGAACAUUCCAGUAGAAAAGAUAUUUUUACACGAGAACUUUGACGAUAUUGACCUACAAAACGACAUCGCUCUGAUAAAAAUGCAACAACCCAUUCUGUUUGGUCCUCACGUGUCACCGAUCUGCCUCCCAGAUUUUGAUUUUGAUGUCGGUACCUCUUGUUAUGUUACUGGGUGGGGAUAUCUGGGACCUUUGGGUUCUCCAUCAGACAUUCUUCAAGAAACCACUGUACCACUGAUGAACCACACGGUCUGCAAAAACCAUUACGUUGGUAUACAAAAUGUGACACCGGACAUGCGCUGCGCAGGAACUCUGGGUCAGAGUCGAGGCACGUGUCGAGGGGACAGUGGUGGGCCGCUAGCCUGUGAAAGAGACGGCCGCUGGUAUUUAAUGGGUGUUACAAGUUGGACAAACGAAGGCUGUAUGCACAACGGUGACCCAGGAGUAUUUUCCGAUACUCUUCAUUUCAGACCUUGGAUUGAAGAAGUCAUGAGAAACAAUACCAAGACAGCUGUUUAGGACGCAAUAGAUUUUGUUUUUCUACAGAGGGUUAAGUACUAAAAAAAUUAAUCGAGUGCGAGCAGUUUACGACUUUUUUAAGAAAGGUGUCAUUGAUUAAACAUGACGCUUUGUAGGGGCACCUCACGACCUUUUCCAGGCUUAUUUGUGUCAUGACUUUUUGAAGUUGUUUUCGCAGUUUUACUUAUAAAUUAAGAGUCACAACAGCCAGGUCUCUCCUCUCCAUUGUUUUGCUGAGGUUCCUGUUCAUUAGCGAACCUAAACAGCUACAAAAUCUAACUAAGUGCAUCUCAAAUAAGCCAUGUUGCCAUGUUUCAAAAUCACCCCAUGCACCGCUCCCUGAGUUUACUGCUCGUUCUUCAAGAGUGCCCAUGAGAGGGCGUUGAACAGAAAAACAUAGAUGGAACGUAACCACUAAUAGAUGUGUCUUUGAUAAAAUUGUGUCAUUCUAUGGGUGUUAUUACAUGGUAUAAAGGAAGACGAAAAUAGUUACUUUUCAACGCUAGGCGUUUGGACGACGCAGUUUUUUCUUUUGUUUUACACAGAUACAACUGCAAAUGAACGAAAAUUUUCAUAUAGCUACCUGUAUUUUUAUAAUUCUAUAAUGAAACAAUAUAGAUGAAACAAUCAUAGUAUUUUGAUAAAAUAGUUUUGUUAGUUUUCAUCUAUUAAUGAAAGUGUACCAUCCGUCGUUUCCAGGGGAUGGUCAGGAUCCAUAGGCCUGACAUUAAAGUGUAAAUAGAAAAUCUCGAUAUAUUUAUUUAUUUAUUUAAACAAUUUAUUUCCACUUUGUUCUAAUGCAAAUGAGAGUAUUGGAUAACCUUGUACUUGUAAGGGUUUACCGGCUUAAAGAAAGAAAAUGAAUAAUUAAAGUUAAGUGUUUAAAACUUGA